AUGGUCCUCCAUACCACCCCUUACUCCAGUGCCUGUCUGCACUUCUUGGAUGGCUUAUCAUGGAGUUUGGUGUUCCCCUGCUACUGGCUCCUUGACCGGCUUCUGGCCUCGUGCGUGGCCACCUCACUGGAGAAGCACCAGCGCUCCCAGGACCCCUGCUCCUUCCUCACCCUGUGUGUCCUGAUCUCUGCACCCCUUUACCUGCUCCUCCUCCUCGCCUCCCUGCCUUUUGCCCUACUGGGCUUCAUCAUCUGGGCUCCUCUGCAAGCCGUCCGCGGGCCCUACUUGUAUACCUACCGCAGACCAGACAAACACCAGGCCGAGCAGGGCCAGGCAGGGCUAGGGGGCAUAGGGAUUGGGGAAUGGAGGCCUCAGGGCAGAAGCUUCUGUUUCUGCAGUGCCAACGUAUGCCUGCUGCCCGACUCCCUGGCCAGGUUCAACAACCUGUCAGACACCCACAGGAGAGCCCGUGAGGUGGGAAAGAGGAUCCGAAAUGGUGCCAGUCGGCCUCAAAUAAAAAUCUACAUCGACUCACCUACCAACACUUCCAUCAGUGCGGCGUCCUUCAGCAGCCUUGCCACAGGUUUCCGUCGUACCUCCUCUCUGGACCAGCGCCCAGACCAAACACACACCAACAACGGCCCAGCCGACACUGAAACUGAACCCCUCACUGAGUGCCCAAUUCACCCCUCAGGUGCUGCUGACUGUCCUGUACACCCAGCUGCAGGAGACCAGGGCUCCUUUGGAUGCCCCCUUCACCCAGACGGAGCAGACCCCAUGGCAGGCUGCCACCUCCACCCAAAGGGGGCUAACAACAGCUCAGACUGUCCUGUUCACACCUCAGGAGAGGCUCCAGACUGCCCCAUGCAUUCAACAGGGCUUCAAAGUGUCCCCGGCCAUCAUGACUGUCCCAUGCAUGGUGAAGGGACCCAGCCAAAAUCCUCCACAGACUGCCCACGUCCCACGUCAGGGGUUCAAAUCAGCAUCAGCGCCCCAGAACCAGACCCCCAGGAGGAGGAGGCCGAAACAGGGAACCAUCGGCCUGGAGAUCAGGCAGGCGGAGACACGAGCAGCAUGACUGCCUCCAGGGAAUCUCUUGCUCGUUACCAUGGAGGUGACAGCGGAGUAGGUAUAUCCUCCAAUAAUACUCUCUCUCACGUUCCUCGCACGUCAAUCUUUAAGCGCCCGGGACGAAAACGCCGCCAUGGAGAUGAGACAUUCGACCACGAGAUCUCUGCCUUUUUCCCUGCCAACUUGGAUUUCCUGGCUCUCCAGGAAGUGUUUGACCACGGGUCGACGACUAGACUGCGGCAGCAAUUGCAUCGCUACUUUCCCUACGUGCUGAGCGAUGUUGGCCGGUAUGGCUGGAAAGGCUGCUGUUCCCGGUUCAAAUUCCUGAACAGUGGGCUGAUGCUGGCCAGCCGCUACCCAAUUUUGGAUGCACGGUAUGAGUGCUACCCCAACGGGAGAGGGGAGGACGCACUGGCAGCCAAAGGAGCGCUGUUUGCCAAGGUUCACGUGGGCACCUCCCAUCAGGAGCAAAGGGUUGUAGGAUAUCUCACGUGUACACACCUCCACGCCAUAGAAGUUGAUGCCUCUGUACGAUGUGAGCAGCUGGACCUGUUGCUCCGGUGGGGGGCAGAGUUUCGACAUUCCUCAUCCCAACCACCUGAAGGAGAAAAGGUGCUGGAAGACCUGGUGGCCUUUGAUGUCAUCCUGGGAGACCUCAACUUUGACAACUGCUCUUCAGAGGACAAGCUGGAGCAGCAGCAUGCACUUUUUACUCAAUACAAGGACCCAUGUCGCCUGGGGCCAGGGGAGGACAAACCAUGGGCUCUGGGUACUCUACUGGAUCCCAGUGGCCUUUAUGACGACGAGGUCAGUUCACCUGAAAGUUUACAAAAAGUGAUGGAGAAUGAGGAGGGGAGGAAGGAGUACCUGGUGUUUCCUCCCAGCAAGAGCCAGUGUCCCGCCAGCAGUCAGAAGGGGAGGAAGAUCCCACUGAAGGGCAAUGGUCGCCGGAUUGACUACAUCCUCUACAGAGACGAGGGCCUGCAGCAGGACUGGAAACUGGAAAUUGAGGAGUUCAGCUUUGUCACCCAGUUGGCUGGCCUCACCGACCACCUGUCUGUGGCCAUGCGAUUGGCUGUUUCCACCGGGGAAGAGGAGCCUUAGAUCGACCGCCUGAAGUUUUUUAAUAUACUGCCAUGGAGGAACGGCA